AAGCAAAUUCCCGAUCACGCAGUAGAAUUCCUCUCCAAUGGUUUCUCUCGCCGCUUGUUUCCCCAAACCCAUCGCUCGAAACCCUCAUUCUUCACCAGAGCUCGCGGAUUUAACACGGAGUCCUCUCUUUCUUCGUUCUCAUAUUCGAUUUUCUCCAGUACAUGAAUCUGGAAUUUCUCGCGGCUUCCCCAGAGGAAGAAGGAUCGCUAUGUGUACUGAUCGGACGGAUUCGAGCUCGCAACCAUCGGACAUUCCUGUUCUGUCAAGCUCUGAGGUUCUUGAGAGGCUAAAACAAGCCAGAGAAAACCUGAAUGGCGGAAGACCGUUCUUGGCUAUGUAUUCGAGUAUUGUUGGCGGAAUAACGACUGAUCCAGAAGCUAUGGUUCUUCCACUGGAUGACCAUAUGGUUCACAGGGGUCAUGGGGUCUUCGAUACCGCUAUUAUAUUUGAUGGAUUCCUCUAUGAAUUGGAUCAGCAUCUUGAACGUAUUUUAAGAUCAGCGUCCAUGGCCAAGAUCGAUCUUCCGUUUGAUCGGGAGACUAUUAGAAGAAUCCUCAUCCAAACAGUGAGUGUUUCUGGGUGUAGAGACGGGUCUCUAAGAUACUGGCUUUCGGCUGGACCUGGGGAUUUCCUCUUAUCUCCAUCCCAGUGUCCAAGAACAGCUCUUUAUGCCAUCGUGAUCAAGAAAGACACCAACAUUAAUCCGACAGGAGUCAAGGUGGUGACCUCUUCGGUUCCCAUAAAACCCUCGGAGUUCGCCACAAUGAAAAGCGUUAACUACCUCCCAAAUGUGCUGUCCCAAAUGGAGGCCGAGGCCAAGGGCGCUUACGCAGGCAUUUGGCUGGACAAUGAAGGGUUUGUAGCCGAAGGUCCAAACAUGAACGUGGCAUUUGUUGUUAAUGACGGUGGUUGUAAGGAGCUUAUAAUGCCACGGUUUGAUAAAAUCCUGAGCGGUUGUACAGCUAAGCGGGCUUUGACACUUGCUGAACGGCUUGUGAACGGGGGGAAGUUGAGAGAUGCGAAAGUAUGCGAUAUAACGGUGGAAGAUGGAAUGAAAGCAGACGAGAUGAUGCUUCUUGGAAGCGGAGUUCUAAUCCGACCCGUGAUUCAGUGGGAUGAACAAAUCAUCGGCGAUGGCAAGGAAGGUCCCAUAACGAAGGAACUGCUUCAUCUCCUGCUUGAAGACAUGAGAUGUGCUCCCCCUUCAGUUCGUGUUCCUGUUCCUUACUAAGCAAAACACUCUUCUGUCUACUGGGGAUUUAUAGAAUGUUUUAUUCCUUGUGUUUGCGUUGUAUGUCUCAUUGUAGGUUUCUUAUGUGUACUCGAGUAUGUAUAUACGUAUAUGUAUAUACUGGCUUGUGCUUGACUGGAUUCAAAUGUCUUUUUUUUUUUUUGUAAUUAAAUUCUUAACUUUUAAUAGAAAACGCAAUUUUAGUUCUUUUUA